AUGGUAUUCCAUGCGCCCAAUCGCUUGUGUGCCACUCUUACUGACGAAUCUCCAGAGCGCCCUCUACAAUUCCGCUCUCCGACAGUCCAAGUCCAUCCGCGCCGACCUCGAAGCUCUCUCCUCGAACACCGCCGGCAACCCAGCCGCUCUACAAGGCCAAAUCACUACCUCCUUGGCCUCCUUCUCGAGAACGCUCGAUGACUACGACAGGUCUGUUCAGGAUGAGCUUGUCCCUGAAAAGGCAGACAAGGGCCGCGAUCGCAUAUCGAAUUUCCGCUCCGAGCUUCUCGAAUUCAGGAGUCGCUUCGCCGAGUUGAAGCAUGAGAGGGAACAGGCACAGCAUGCACAGAACCGCAAUGAGCUGCUUGGGAGGAGACCGCAUGCGAGCCAGACGCCCGAGAAUCCCUACUCGGAUGCCGCCAUAUCGAGUGGUGCAGGACGUGGGGAGAACGUCAAUCCACUAUUCAGGACCAACAACCCCAAUUUCGCCCCUGGAGCGAGUGGAGUGAACAGCUACAGCACAUACCAGUCGCCGUACGGUCUUGGAGCAGAUCAGGCACGGGAAGGCCACGCUCUCCAGGAGAACAGCUUCUUCAGCUCAUCCAACCAGACCUUGGACGAGUAUCUGGAACGUGGUAGGGCAGUUCUGGCAGAUCUUGGCGACCAGCGAGAAAUGCUCAAGGGCACACAGAGGAAGCUGUAUGACGUUGGCGCGACGCUGGGCAUCAGCGGCGACACCAUACGCAUGGUGGAAAGGAGAGCGAAGCAAGACAAGUUCAUCUUCUGGGGCGGCGUGGUGAUAUUCAUCAUCUUUGUCUACCUCGUGCUGAGGUGGUUAAGAUGA